UUAUCCUGAGCGGCACUAACGUUAGCGAAACACUCAAAUCUGACGCAACUCAUUGUGUUUCAAUUGCCGGUAAGUCCUCCUUCUACUGCCAAGGCCAGCGACCAAGAGAGACUGCGCAGGCGGUUCCAGCGUUCACCGUCUCUGGAGUACCCGGCAAGCAUAAGCCGGGCUCAUGCCGGCCAUCAGUUCCAAUGCCACCGACGUAGGGCUUCGGAAUGCUCGACCGUCUCCUCGCGCGCGCCGUCUCCCCAAUGCGUCAGUUUCAAUACCUUCGAUCCUCCCGAUUUCAGCCUUCCUUCCACAGAGGGUCUUGAAAGUGUGGCCUUAAUGUUUGAUGCGAUCGCCCGGGACAGCGAUAGAAGCCUCGACACGCCCCUCACGGCCAAUGAGGACAAGAUCCGGCAAGCCGCCCGGUAUCAGGAUGGCCUUGCAGGCGGGCCGCAGAUGCCAUUGAAGGCUGCGACGCUGCGAAAGGCGGGCAGAGGUCGUGCGAGCAUGAAGGGCAGCACGCGUGAGGCACGCAAGCAGCACGAGAGCGGCACGAGGAGAAGGAGCGGAGCAAAAACGAAAUUCAUGCCAAGAGCAGCAGCACAUCGGUUCAGAGCCAGCACAGGCUACUUCUUGGACUGGUGCGCGUCUGCCCAACUCAACAUCGGCACACGGCACCUCCCUGCCCUCGUUCACUAUUCCAGAGCCCACGAGACAUCCAAAUCUGCCUUCUUGGACAGCUUCAAGACUUUGUUUCAGGUCGUUCUCAAUCCAGCGGGGCUCGAUUCUGCAGUCCUGGACGUUCAGGCCAACUACAAAUACAUCAGCCAUCGGCGGCGCUUUACCCCUUUUAGCGGAUACUGCACCUUGUUGCGCGACACAGCAGCGAAACCAGUCAUCGUGUACGACGCCGCCAAGCGCCGCGGCUGGUUGAUGCCCAUGCUGAGUGUACUCUCACACGUGGCACAUGCCUAUGUUCUUGAUUCCGUCGAUGGCCCUACAAAUGAUGAUGCACUUUACGUUGACGGACACGCAGCCGCGACGGAACUGAUUACCGUUCUCGAACCUCUAGGCGAACAGCCUGUUCUCAGCCAUACCAACGGAAUAACCUCCGCAGCAGCAGACCAUGUCCUAUUCUUCCGUCAGCUACUCCUCAGCCUGUUGAACUCGGGGACUCGCAACGCCGCUGACACGGUCAUCAUCUGCGCCAGCAUUGGCAAACUGAUCACGCCAUCCGCCUCGGCCACACCGCGCUACUGCAGACAAUGCGACGUGCUCCCGGAAGACUCGGAUUACUUGGCCGCCACGGUGCCGUGCCUUGACCGGAUCGCGCACCGGAGAGGAUCCGAGUUGCCGCUUGCACCGAUCGUCGAUAACAACUCGUCCACCAACCACGUGGUUAUACGCCCGGGAGAAAAAUGGAACCAUAUCCGGAUAUCUGACGACAGCUUCUGGGAGCUGCGGGGCGACCCUUUCGCCGUUUGCCGACACGCCGGAGCGGGGGGAAAGACGUGCCGGGAGCGUGAGGACUUGAUAGUGUGUGUCAUGUCCCGCAGCGCUUUUGACACGGUCGUUCGCGAGAUGAAAGUACUCGACAAGGUCAAGGAAAAGGGGCCGGUAGUGGCGCUGACGUGUCUGGAGCAGUCGAUCCCGCCGUUCGGGGCACCGGUGUUCGGGCGGUAG